UGUGUGGAUCCAAUGAGAUCACGCCGCGUUCCCGGCCCAAUGUGCUAGAACGAGCCGGUGAUUGCAUGAGAAAAAUCAAGCAACCGAGGCGGUGUGUUCACAGAGCAUUGCUGUUGUUUAAUGCCGUCUUUUUAGACACCUGAUAAAUACGAUCAGCAAAGAAAUUAGGGCAGCAAAGGCGCCUCUAAAAUAUUACUGCUCAGGUGUCAGGAGGGGUUUGUCAGUCAGCUGGAACCAGCAUAAAACUUGAUCAGGCAGAUGAGUACAGACCUGUUAUAGUUGCAUGGUGACCUUUUGCCUGCCUGCUGUUUAACCGGUCUUCAUGGAUCUUCUCUGCAGGUCACAAUGAGGGAAAAGCUGUCAUUAUGGUUUCUUUUAUGCCUAACAUUAGGACUCCUGCCUUCCCAAACAGAAUCAGUUGCCGUGAUGUCUGUGGACUUGGGCAGUGAAUGGAUGAAAAUUGCUAUAGUUAAACCUGGUGUGCCAAUGGAGAUCGUACUCAACAAGGAGUCCCGGCGGAAAACUCCAGUUGCUGUGUGUUUAAAGGAAAAUGAGAGGCUUUUUGGAGACAGUGCUUUAGGAGUGGCUGUUAAAAACCCUAAAGUGGUUUACAGAUUCCUCCAGAGCAUUUUGGGAAAGACUGUGGACAACCCACAGGUGGCACAGUAUCAGAAGCACUUCCCUGAGCACCAGCUGCAGAGAGAUAACAAAAGAGGAACAGUGUAUUUCAAAUUUUCAGAGGAGAUGCAGUAUACUCCUGAGGAACUUUUGGGCAUGGUUUUGAACUACUCCCGUGGUCUAGCUCAAGACUUUGCAGAACAGCCCAUAAAAGAUGCAGUAAUCACAGUGCCUGCCUAUUUUAAUCAGGCAGAACGCAGGGCAGUCCUGCAUGCUGCCCAAAUAGCGGGUCUAAAGGUCCUUCAGCUUCUCAAUGAUAAUACAGCUGUGGCUUUGAACUAUGGAGUCUUUAGGAGGAAGGACAUCAACUCUACUGCUCAGAAUGUGAUGUUUUAUGAUAUGGGAUCAGCCAGCACAACAGCUACUAUUGUCACAUAUCAGACAGUGAAGACCAAAGAAUCCGCCAGUCAACCUCAGCUCCAGAUCCGUGGAGUUGGGUUUGAUAGAACGCUAGGUGGCUUUGAGAUGGAGCUAAGGCUCCGAGAUCAUCUUGCUAAUCUCUUUAAUGAACAGAAGAAAUCCAAGAAGGACGUGAGGGAGAACUUUCGCGCCAUGGCAAAAUUGCUUAAAGAGGCUCAGAGACUCAAGAUUGUGCUGAGUGCCAAUGCUGAACACACAGCACAGAUUGAAGGUCUUAUGGAUGAUAUAGACUUCAAGGCAAAAGUGACUCGCUCUGAGUUUGAGGCCUUGUGUGAGGAUCUGUUUGACAGAGUAUCAGGACCUGUAAAGGAAGCAUUAGCUGCUGCUGAGAUGACCAUGGAUGAGAUUGAACAGGUUAUUUUGGUUGGCGGAUCCACCAGAGUGCCCAGAGUGCAGGAUGUCCUUCUAAAUGCUGUGGGAAAAGAGGAACUGAGCAAGAACAUUAACGCAGAUGAGGCUGCUGCAAUGGGUGCCGUCUAUCAGGCUGCUGCACUCAGCAAAGCCUUCAAAGUCAAAACUUUCCUAGUCAGAGAUGCUGCUGUGUUUCCCAUUCAGGUUGAAUUUAGUCGUGAGGCAGAGGAAGAGGAUGGUGUGAAGACGAUGAAGCACAACAGACGUGUUUUGUUCCAGAGAAUGUCCCCAUAUCCCCAGAGGAAAGUCAUCACGUUUAAUCGCUACACAGAUGACUUUGUCUUCCACAUAAACUAUGGAGACCUCAGUUUCCUCAGUGAACAGGACCUGAAAGUGUUUGGCUCUCAGAAUUUUAAAACAGUGAAACUGUCUGGAGUUGGCAGCAGCUUUAAGAAGCAUUCCGAUGCUGAAUCGAAGGGAAUUAAAGCCCAUUUCAACAUGGAUGAGAGUGGAGUGCUAAUUCUAGAUCGGGUGGAGUCAGUGUUUGAGACCUUUGUGGAGGAGGAAGAGUCUACACUCACAAAGCUUGGGAACACCAUUUCCAGCCUGUUUAGUGGUGGCAACUCAGACCCCAGUCAAAAUCUCACAGAACCAGUUGCGGAUGAAGAGGAAGUGACUGGGAAAGAUCAGGAACAGGGUGAGAAACAGGAAGAGCCAGCGCAGGAGAAACCUGAGACGGAGGAGGGAAAUGAGGGAGGGCCUCAGGCAGAGGAGCAGAAAGUUGACAAUGAAGAGAAAGCGGAAACUCAGGCAGAGAAGGAAACGGACAAUGCUGAAAAACCUGAAGAGAAGUCCAACGGAGAGAAAACGGAAGAGAAAGAGGCAGACAAGAAAGCCAAACCACAUAAAAAGAGCAAAAUAUCAGAGGACAUCGCAGUAGAGCUUGAGGUGAACGAUGUUCUCGAUCCAAGCACAGAUGAAAUGGAAGUGUCCAAAAAGAAACUGCAAGACCUCACCGACCGGGAUCUGGAGAAACAGGAGAGAGAAAAGACCCUGAACAGCCUGGAGGCUUUUAUCUUUGAGACGCAGGAUAAGCUGUAUCAGGAUGAGUACCAGGCUGUAGUGACUGAAGAGGAGAAAGAUCAGAUCUCAGGGAAGCUCAGCGAGGCAUCUAACUGGAUGGAUGAAGAGGGUUACACUGCUAGCACUAAGGAGCUGAAAGAAAAACUGUCUGAACUGAAGAAGCUUUGCAAAGCCAUGUUCUUCAGAGUGGAGGAGAGGAAGAAAUGGCCUGACAGAUUGGCAGCUCUAGACAGCAUGCUAAACCACUCCACCAUUUUCCUCAAGAGUGCUAGACUGAUUCCAGAAAAUGACCAGAUUUUCACAGAGGUGGAACUGAAGAUGCUUGAGAAAGUCAUUAAUGAGACAAUGACUUGGAAGAAUGAUACAGUAGCUGAACAGGAGAAAUUGUCCCCCACAGAGAAGCCUGUCCUGCUCUCGAAAGACAUUGAAGCUAAACUUUCCCUCCUAGAUAGGGAGGUCAAUUACCUGCUAAACAAAGCAAAGUUUGCCAAACCGAAGCCUAAACCUAAGCCUAAAGACAAGAACUCCACCUCCGCAGAGAACAGCAAAACAAACAGCACAGAAGAUGCAGAGAAAGUUAUCCCUCCCAAAAGUGAAGCUGAAGAGGUGAAGCCAGUGGAGGAGCCUCUGACUGCUGAAGAAAAAGAAGAAACUAUUCUUGAACUAAAUCCAGCCGAAAAUACGGAUGAUACAGAAUCAACAGAGAGCAGUCAAUCUGAAAAUCAUGUGGGGGAUGAAUUAUAACAACUGGAACAAUUUUUUGUUGUAUUUAUUGACUCCGUUAAUUGGGUCAAAAUUCCGUUUUGUUUCCCCCCCCUCAACAAAACCUGGUGAAAUUGGAACGGCUUGAAAAAAGACUGAAGGCGUAUGUUUCAGUGGUACCUCUCUCAGUGACUCUGAGCCUAAACAAAAACACCAAACCAAACUUCAGCCUGUGUGCACUCUCCAUUCACAUUUAGUUUUGUUUCUUAAUGAUGAAUUAAUGAUGAUCUCCCUUUCAUAAAAUGUCCCCUUUUAUCAGAGUCACAAUUUAACAAAAAUGGCACACUUGACCAAAGUAAACUUGUGUCCUUUCAUUUAUGAAUGAUAUUUGCAAAGUUAAGUGGAUCAUCUGGAAGUGUGUUUUUAGUAGGGUUUGGUGUCCUCAAUGACUCAAAAUACUUUUUGCUUUGCUUUUGCGUCCAGAAAUGUAUACUGGAGAUAUGUGAAUCAGAGGAAAUGUGGAAUUCCUGCUCAAUUGUGACUCGUUAGCUUAACUGUGUAAAAAGUUUAUUUUUUGCCAGCUCUUCCUCAUAGUUUGUACUCAAACGCUGUGCUUUCAUACCUGUGAAUAUCUUCAGACUCCAACUUCUACUUGAAACAUCAUCUGUAUUUAUGUACUUCAGUAUGAGUGGUCUACUGCACUGAUAUCUAUGGAAUUUCACACAUCACACACACGCAUGAAUUAAGGGUGUGUUUACCAUCACUUUCACUGGUUCUCUGCAAUGUACGUGUUCAUUGUAUUCCCUUUGCCAGUCUAUGUGGAGAGAACAGUGUGAUAUGUGGGAGAGGAUGGUUUCUAAACUGUUAAUAAAGUCCCU